GAAUAAUUCUUAUAAAUUAUGACGUUAUGUCAAUAUUCCUCUCUGAACGAUACCAUACGACGGUCGAAACUGCACUAGAUUAAAACCGUUUGAAAAAGAAGCGGUUCCUAAGGAGGUUAAUGGAUCUCCGUCGAGUUUACGAGAUGGGUAUCGACUGGGGUACAACGGAGGGACGUUGCCAAAGCCCGCGGGGACGACGUGUGUGCGCGUUCGCCACGAAGAGAAGCAGAAGAGUAGUAACCUGGACGCUACUAUACUCGCUGCAGGCCUGCAGCCGCCGAUGGCAUUCCACCGACCGAUUUUGUUUGCCGACACGCUCGCUCACCCCUCCUCACGGCGCCGUGCCGUGUACUACUGAAGGAUCGUUUUUCGGAGUCACUGGUUCGCGUCAUAUCCCGAGCUCGAGAGCCAAGAGCUCGGCCACCUCCCGUGGGGGGUACCUCGAGAUUCUGCACGUGCCGCAAUGAGAUAUCCACCCGAUCGAAA